AUGAAUGUUCGAAUGUUUAGACAAAUUCUGUUAGAUUUUAAAUGUACCAAUAGUAUUUCUAUUAAAUAUUCUCGUUCUAUUCAUUAUGUUUCCAACACUUCCUUUCUGAAUGUAAAUAAAAAUCUUUUUUGUAAUAAUAAAGUAUUAGUGGAUUAUUUUUCAAAUGAGCGAAAUUUCUCAAAUGCACCAAAUGCAUUUUUACAUCAGCAAGUACUAUCAAAAGUUCUUAAUGGACCUUUACUACAUGAUAAAGAUACUGUACUAAGCACAAGAAUUUCUCCAAAUUAUUAUCUUACUGGACGAUAUAUAUCUUCAUCAACUAUGAUUAUAAAUGAUAUUGCUCGGUAUAACAGUGGCAUAUUUCAAAUGAUUUCUGAAAGCAAGAUAGUAGAAUGGAUUACAGAAGCUUUGAGAUUAAUGCAUUAUCAAGUGGGUUUACCUUGGUGGGCAAGUAUCGUACUUACAACAAUUAUUGCAAGGUCAAUUAUAAAUUUUCCAUUGAAUAUAGUUGACCUUAAAAAUAGAGCAAAACAAGAAAACUUACAAAAUGAACUGCAGGAAUUUGCAGACAGAAUAAAAGUAAAAGUUCAGAACGAAGCAGUAAGACAUCAGUUGUCUCCAGCAGCUACAAUUAUGCUUUUUACACGAGAGUUUCGUAAAAAACAAAAGGAAUUAUAUCUAAGAGAAAACUGUCAUCCAUUUAAGACUAUUGCAGUGAUAUUAUUACAAGCUCCAGUAUGGGUUGGCUUCUCUGUCGCAAUAAGAAAUAUGUGUUUUGUAUUACCUCAAGCGAAUACUGCUACCUUUAGGGAUUUCAGUGAAUUGAGCAGCAGUGGCUUUUUGUGGAUACAAAACCUUAUAGACAUAGAUCACUUUUUUAUAUUACCUUUAUUUUUUGGGCUUACUAAUUUAGCCUUAAUGGAGAUAAAUCAAAUAUUAUUUCACAUAAAUGAUACAAAGUUUACUAGAAUAUAUAGGAAUUUCGCUAGAAUAGUUAUAGUUUGUUUUGUGCCUGUUAUAGCAUGCUUACCAUCGUGUUUAUGUCUAUUCUGGAUUAGUUGUAAUUUCUAUGCAAUAUUACAAAAUCUGCUGCUGAUGUCUCCAAAAAUACGUAGACUAGGAAGGAUACCAAAAUCUGAUAAAGAAUUUCGACGUCCAUAUAUAGAAUUACAAAAACGAUUAUUACAUCUAUUUCGUUUAAAAAGAUCUUUACCAUAA